UCAUAGGGCCCCCAGGCAAUAGGGGAUCAUGGGGCCCCUGUGUCCUUGCCCAAACUCAAAAAAGCCUAUGUAAAAGGUACCAGGGGUAUCUCAUGGGGCCCCCUACUGACCCCGGGCCCUCGGGCAGUGCCCGAGUUUCCAAAUGGUCAGUCCGCUCCUGCUUGUGCACACUGCUUUGCAGCCAUACAAAGCAAUGUGCUUACAGUGAAGCACAAACACAAGGCCCAAUAGUAAAACACACCCAGCACACAAUUAACCCUUUGAUUGCCCCUCAUGUU